GCGAGAGCAGCAGCGUUAUCACAGCCGCGAUCUGCCGGAGAGCGAGCUUUUCCUUCCACUCAGUGAGCCGGUGAUCUGUCUCCCUGGAGGAGGGAGAGAAGGCGACGCAUCACUCACGACUGUCACUGUCGUCUUCAGUGCAGCUAGCCUUGCGGACGAUCAGAGGAAGAGGAGAACGUCCUGAGAAGUCGAAGGAGGCGAAGGCCAUGGCGCUAUUCGUGUUGCGGACGGCAGCGCUCACUGCCUUGCUUCUACUCGCCGCUAGUGCACGUCCUGCACGUGCUUUAGGUCGCCAGCCCGAAGUGCCCCUUACCUCGGUCACUUACAGCGGCACUGGUUGCAGCUGGGACAACACCAACUACGUUCUGUCCCAGGACUACAGAAUUGUCACGAUCCUUUUCGGCGGCCUGCUUGUGACCACCGACGGAUCCUUGCCCGACCGCAGGAAGACCUGCCAGGUCUCGUUUGAGUUGGACGUUCCUGAUGGCUGGUGCUCCGCGGUGCCCAAGGUGACGGGAAGGGGGUUCGCGGACGUGGAAGCAGGCUCCAAGAUCAUCUACGAGUUCAUCUACUAUUUGUCCGGACAGCCGGGCACGGACUCGGUCCGGCGCAUCAUCAAAGGCCCGGCAAAACGGAUCGUCGAGUUCAGGCAACACUUCAGUCCGAUCGUGCGGAGCCAGAGCAACGGCGCUGUCAUUCUGAACGUCAAGAUCGUGGCGACGGCGGAAGGCAGCAAGGCGACGAAUAUCGGCGACUCCGACGAUGACAAGUUCCGCCUGGGGUUGAGCUUCAAAUGGAAAAGCUGCUGAGAGGGAGGUGCUCACCUCUCACGUGGGUGGGGUCUGGCAGGAGUGUUGGUUAAUUAUUAUUAUUUUUUUUUUUUGGAGUGUUGGUUAAUUAACUUCGGAGAAAAGGCCAAGUGUGUGUGUGAGUGUGUGUGUCUGUCGUGGCGUAAGUAUUGCCUCCUCAUGUGAGGAGUCCAACGGUGACGACUGGACGUGAGGAGGAAGUAACUGAUUGUUAAGUACCUCUAUAGGACGAUCAGCAUUUAGUUC